AUGUCAGAAGAAAAAACUACCUCGAUUAAAAUUGAACCACUAGAAUAUUCAGCAGAAGAUCCUCAAAAUGAAGAGGAUAUUAAGUCUGAAUCUUGUUCAGAGAAUGGAGAAACAUGUCUGGAAAGAUUUAUGAAUUCUAAAAUAACUGUAGAGGAAGAAAUCAAACAGGAAUUAAUGCAGGCUCCUAUAAACCCUUUCGUAUGCACAAUAUGUGAUAAUGCAUUUGCUUUAAGACACCAUUUAGAUCGACAUAUUAUUGCUCAUAACAGAGAACUGCCAAUUCAUGCCGGAGAACUUCUUUUGAAGUGCAAAAUAUGCAACAGAGACUUCCAUUCAUCAAAAGGUUUGAAACGACAUAUGUUCACUCAUACUGGAAAACAGCAACAUAUCUGCAAAAUAUGUGAUAAAACAUUCACACGAUUGAUUCGAUUAGAGAAACACAUGCUUAUUCAUUCUGAAGAUCUUCCUUAUAACUGUGGAAUAUGUAACAAACUAUUUCGUUCCAAAUGUGGAAUAUGCAAUAAAUCAUUAGCACAAUCUGAUGCUUUAAAUGCACACAAGUUUAUCAAUUCUAGAGAAUUUCCUUAUCAAUGUGAAACAUGUAGCAAAUCUCUUCAUGCAUCAAAAACUUUAAAUAACCAUAAAGCUCAAAAAUAUAAAGUAUAUGAGAAGAGACACUUGGGUGCUCAUGUGAAAGCCACAUGUAUACAUUACGAUUUUCAUUGUUAUGACAUGACAGAAUUGGCAUCACUGGAAGGCUUUUGA